UUCUCUUAUUGUUCGUCCAUAUUGAAAUUGAUUCUUGGUUUGCCAAAUACAAAUCUUACUCAUUGAUAAAAAGUCCUUAUUCUUGCUGAAAUCAAUCGCCAAUCAAUACAAGUUCCUUGACGACUUUGUCUCCUCUUAAAUAUUAUUGCUACAAAAAAAUAAAAAAAAUAAAAAAAAAGAGGUUGAAAUUGAAAAUAAAUAUUAUUGCUACAAAAAAUUUUAUUUUUCUUUUGCUUAAAAAAAUGAAAAAAAAAAAUGAACAUAAAAUAGAUGAGAAUAUUAAUAGUGAUGGAACGCAACAGGAAUCAAAAAUGCUAGGGUCCUCCAAAAACCCUCUUCUACUCUUUCUUCGUCACAGACCCAACCCAAGCCGAGUUCCAACCUUCUUCCUACUCCUUCGCUACCUCACCACCACCACUAUCAAUGGCGGCAAACCUUCCAAGGACGACUACUUCGCCGCCAUCCACCACAUCUCCAACAUCGUCCGCCGCGACAUCUACAUGGAGCGCACCCUCAAUAAAAUGCGAAUCUCCGUCAACUCCGAGCUCGUCUACCGAGUCCUCCGGUCCUGCUCCACCUCUGCCACUGAAGCCCUCCGCUUCUUCAACUGGGCUCAAACACACCACCCUUCUUACCACCCAACAACCGUUGAGUGCGAAGAGCUCGUCCGUACACUCGCCCGCACGAAGAAAUACGAAUUCAUGUGGAAAAUCCUUAAUCAGAUGCACACCCAUCACAAUCUGAGCGUUUCCCCAGACACCCUUUGCUUCAUUGUCGAAGAAUACGGGCGGCACGGCCUCGUCGAUCAGGCCGUCGAAAUCUUCAACCAAGCCCCAAAGAUCUUUAACUGCAAGCAAACCGUCAACCUCUAUAACUCACUGCUGUUUGCCCUCUGCGAAGUGAAGCUCUUUCAUGGCGCAUACGCUUUGAUUCGGAGGAUGAUAAGAAAAGGGGUUGUCCCUGAUAAGAGGACCUAUUCGAUUCUGGUGAACGCUUGGUGCUCGGCCGGAAAAUUUAGAGAAGCACAGCAGUUCUUGGAGGAGAUGAGCAAGAAGGGAUUCAAUCCACCAGUUAGAGGCCGUGAUCUUCUCGUUGAAGGGUUAUUGAAUGCUGGCUAUGUGGAAUCUGCAAAAGAAAUGGUGAAGAAAAUGAUCAAAGAAGGUUUUGUACCAGAUGUUUCAACUUUCAAUUCUCUAUUGGAAGCCAUUUCUAAACAUGGGGAGGUUGAGUUUUGCAUUGAUCUUUACCGCGAAGUUUGCAUAUUGGGACUCGUUCCUGAUAUCAAUACGUAUAAGGUUUUGAUUCCUGGGGUUUCGAAAGUGGGUCGGAUCGACGAGGCGUUUAGGCUUCUGCAUGAUUCGAUUGAAGAUGGGCAUAAACCAUUUCCAAGCUUGUAUGCGCCAAUAAUAAAGGGUAUGUGCAAGAAUGGUCAGUUUGAUGAUGCACUCUGUUUCUUUAGCGAGAUGAAGGUUAAGGGUCAUCCUCCUAAUCGGCCGGUAUAUACCAUGUUGAUAACCAUGUGUGGCCGUGGAGGUCGGUUUGUUGAAGCUGCCAAUUACUUGAUGGAAAUGACUGAGUUGGGUUUGACUCCGAUUUCUCGGUGCUUCGAUUUGGUAACAGAUGGACUGAAAAAUUGUGGGAAGCACGAUCUUGCUAAGAAGAUUGAACAGUUGGAAGUUUCUCUCCGGGGUGUAUGAGUAAGAAGUGAAAUGAAGGAAAUUUUGGUUCUUCACAAUAAUAAAGAUUGGGUACUCGCAGUAAGAAAAAAUGCCUAAUGGUACAAACUCCAUCUGAUAUAAAGAAUAGUUUUUUUUUCUUUUUCUUUUUU